AACAAAUUACUGCUCUUUUAUAAAAAUUACACAAUAACUGUAAAAGGAAUACGCCUGCGAAACGACAUUCCUAAGUUGUCUAUCUCUCUCCCACUAACGCUUUAUUAAUUGUAAUCGAUAUACGUCUGUCUCUGUCACAUCAAGUGUGUAUUUAUUAAAACUCGUGUAUGUGGGUGUGAAGCUGAGCCGUGAAGUGAAACGAAUUUCCGGCCCGCAUUUUAAAGAUUUAUGAGUGAAAAUCACAUAAAACUAGUGCUAAAACCCAAAAAGUGCAGUGUACUAAACAUUUGGAACAAGUAACUAUGAAAUUAAUUAACGUGUCAUUAAUUUAAUUAACAUUCCCCCACAUAAACAGCUGUAGUUGUGUGCUUACUCACUUCACUUGUUGCACUUAUCGUACUUUCAAAAAGUUUAUUCCAUUGAAUAAUAUACCCGUUUUCGUGAGAAUGGUAAUCUGUUAUCUUGAUUGAGUUUAUCUAGAAUUGAAAAACAGUUUAUGUUAUCUAAUUAACCGUUAUAACAGUGAUACGGGAUCGUGGGACCGUGUGUUUUCGUUUUCCGUUUGUACGUUACGAUGCACCUGCAGUGCAGAUAUUAUGUCGAUUGCUGCAACGCACCGAGUGAACAAUCAUGACACGGUUGAACGCAUAAAUAAUGAAAAUCCUGUUAGUUACCCAUGCUUGUUGUGUUACGAGACAGGUGAACGCGAUCGUACAAGUUUGUGAGGAGUCAUCAAGAUACAAAAAUGAGUCAUAAGUGUUGUUGAUUGGAAUGCAGAUUUUGUUUUGUUUUUAUUUGUGCCGAAUGCGUCACUUAAAAAAAAUACUGGCUGGAAGCAGGCAAGAUUUAUAAAAAAAGAUAUUAAAAAGUAUACAGGCAAUUUAUGGUAUUUGGCCUUGCGAAAAAUGAAGUGCUAUUUUUGAUAUUUCACAAGAAAAAGCAGUCCUAUAUCAAUGGAUUCAGACAGGCUGUCUUCAGCAAAUAUUUCAACACACAGUUCAGGGACAGCGGGCACAGUAGGAGGAUCUGUAGUGGGAGUCAGGCCCGGUGAAGCGGGGCUUAAAAGAGAAGAUGAGGAUGAAUAUAACUUGGGACCUUUGCCUCCGAUGUGGGAGAAGGCGUUUACACCUUCAGGAGAGGCAUAUUUUAUAGAUCACAAUACCGGCACCUCUCACUGGCUCGACCCUAGACUUGCUCGGGUCCGAAAACACUCUCUAGGAGAAUGCGGAGAAGACGAGCUGCCAUAUGGGUGGGAGAGGGUCACGGACGAGAGAUAUGGCUCAUACUAUGUGGACCAUAUCAACAGGCGGACGCAGUAUGAGAACCCGGUGCUUCAGGCUCGGAGGUUACGAGUGGAUAAAAUAGGCCCAGAAAAUGGAAACAACGGCCCACCAAAUGGAUCAAGUUCUUCCGGAGAGCUGCGAGGCGAAAGAUUCGCUCUCACGCUUACUAAAAGCACACAGGGUCUGGGCUUCACAUUGAUCGGUGCUGAAGGUCUACCAGAAACAGAGGGGUAUCUACAGAUACGCAGUAUUGUACCUAACAGUCCAGCAUGGAUUGAUGGAGCCCUGCGACCCGGAGACGUGGUCGUGGGAGUGGGGGGGCGCGGAGUGCGCGGGUUGUCGCACGCGCAGGUGGCGCUCAUGUUCCAGAACAUCGCGCCGGGCUCCAGCGUGGCGCUGCAUCUCGUCAGAGGGUAUCCCCUAUCCUUUGAUUCUGAAGACCCCAACACCAGGGUACUCAGUACUCUUGCAGUAGAUGCCACCACCCCAGCUUCUUCAGAUGCUGUGGCCAUGCAACAACUGACGAGGGCCUUAAGAACAAGGUUCAACCUAGAUUCUCCAUCGAAUACCAGCUGUGGGCGCGACGAGGCGGACACGGCGACCCCUAGUCCGGGACAGCGGAGACUCAUGUCCCGCUCCUUCGACCUCGACGCUAUGAGCGAUCAGCGGGAUCAGGGACAAGCACAAGAGCAGCUGAGCAACAGCGCGCAGUCGGAGGGCGGGUUGGGCGCGGGUGCGGGUGCGGGUGCGGUUGCGGGUGCGGGUGCGGGUGCGGGCGAGCUGGUGCUGCGGCUGCGGCGCGGCGCGGCCGGGUUCGGGUUCACGAUCGCCGACAGCGUGCACGGACAGAAAGUUAAGAAGGUGUUGGACCGAUCCCGAUGUUCCGGCGCGGGGCUGCGCGAGGGGGACUUACUGCUGCAGAUAGGAGACACCGACGUGCGACACGCGCCACACCAGCGGGUCGUGCAGGUCCUGAAAGACUGCCCCGCCAUGCACGAGACUACGAUCCGAGUGUGGAGGCGAAACAAUGGUACCGGUAGAGCCCCUCGCAGUCGCUCGGCUACUCGACUCCCUCCUACGAACACGGCGGCCACUAACAGUCAACUCGGCAGAAGCAAGACGCCCACGGCAGAACAACUAAGAUCACCUUCUCUGCAUACACAAGACUCGCUGCGGGACAGACUCAAUGCUAUGGACUCUGUGGAAGCAACAUACGCAGUACCAGAGCACAAGCAACGCGAGAGUUUAAUAGAAAGGCGCCGCCGGAGCAGCACCCCGGGCUCGCGGCUCACGCUGCCCGCGCAGCCCUAUAAUGAUCAGUGGCAGGAACGAGAAACGUGGGUAGACAACUCCAACAACAUCCGAAGCUGGGCCGAAAACUCACAGAAAUGGGACGACAACACUCAAAAGUGGGAAGAAAACGGCCAAAAAUGGGAGCAGAAUGGUCAAAAAUGGGAACAGAAUGGGCAAAAAUGGGAGCAAAACGGGCAGAAGUGGGAAAACGGGAACGGAUGGGAGAACGGGGAGAGAUGGAACGGAAAUUGGGGGGAGGUGCCGACGCCGACGGUCCAUGUGGAUAUGAAUGCGGCGUACUGGAGGGGGAACGCUAGUGUCGCGGAUAGCAGCGACAAUGGAGGGUUUCCAGAAGAUGGCAUGCUACACUCGCCCACCACGGCUGCGCUGGGCGGGCUGCCUGCGCACGCGCAGUCUCCCUCCACCGGUCGCAUGAGGCCGCACUCGCCUUCCAAUUCCACAGGUCGUAUGCGAAGCCAGUCGCCGAGCAACACCAGCGCCUCGGAACGCCUCCACGGCGCCACGCCUACUGCGAGACUGCACAGCCGCUCGCCGUCUAACAAUUCGCCAUCAAGAAGCAAAGACAAUAUGAGAAUGCGAGAAAAUUCCCCACCCCGACAUAUGCACUCUCCCGUAUCUCGAAGAUCGCCAUCCUGUUAUGAUAACGACUCCAUAGCGCAACAAAAUGCCGUCUACGUAGGGAACUACCCACAGGUGGAGGCAGGCGGGGCCUUGGACCCGGAGGCGGAUGUCCUGGUGCGCUUGGCUCGGGGCGCGGCCGGCUUCGGGUUCCGCAUCGUCGGGGGCACCGAGGACGGCAGCCGCGUCGCCGUCGGAUAUGUCGUCCCUGGCGGGCCGGCGGACGGGCUGCUGCGGCCGGGCGACCUGCUGACGUCGGCGGACGGCGUGUCGCUGGCCGGCGCCGCGCACGCCGCCGCCGUCGCCUGCGUGUGCCGCGCCGCCGCCCGGGGACACGUAACGCUAGGUGUGCGGCACAAUCGAGCCGACAUACAAUCUUUGGGAUUACCGACAUUGCCAGCUCAACAUCAACCCUUGCUUACGUCGGAGCCGGCGCUGCACGCGCAUGCGCACGCGCACGCGCACCUGCAGCCCGCCUACAACAUCCUGCACCCCGCGCCGCUCUACCCGCCCCAGCCCCAGCCCCAACCCGGACCCAUGUAUGGAGUGCAAUACGACACAACGACCGGCGGCUGGUCGUCGGUGCCCUAUGACGUCACGGUCACGAGAAACGAGGGUGAGGGCUUCGGGUUCGUCGUCAUUUCGUCCACUAACAAGGCCACUAGCACUAUUGGCCAACUGAUACCGAACUCGCCUGCGGCUCGCUGCGGCCUGCUGCACGUCGGUGACACCAUCGUAGCCAUCAACCACACGCCAGUCCGCAACCUACCACACCCCGAGGUUGUCGCACUGAUCAAACAUUCGCAUCGAGCGGUAACACUUACUGUUUUACCACCACAACAUACGCCACCUUAAAUGUACCAUUAUGGGGCGUCGCCUCCUAGGGGGACAGCAUUGUCAUUAUGAACCACAGGUCUUGAUCAAACACUGCGUCCAGAGGUAACACUCACUGUUUUACUACCACAACAUACGCCACCUUAAAUGUACCAUUAUGGGGCGUCGCCCCCUAGGGGGACAGCAUUGUCUUUAUGAACCACAGGUCUUGAUCAAACACUGCGUCCAGCGGUAACACUCACUGUUUUACUACCACAACAUACGCCACCUUAAAUGUACCAUUAUGGGGCGUCGCCCCCUAGGGGGACAGCAUUGUCUUUAUGAACCACAGGUCUUGAUCAAACACUGCGUCUAGCGGUAACACUUACUGUUUUACCACCACAACAUACGCCACCUUAAAUGUACCAUUAUGGGGCGUCGCCUCCUAGGGGGACAGCAUUGUCAUUAUGAACCACAGGUCUUGAUCAAACACUGCGUCCAGCGGUAACACUCACUGUUUUACUACCACAACAUACGCCACCUUAAAUGUACCAUUAUGGGGCGUCGCCCCCUAGGGGGACAGCAUUGUCUUGAUCAAACACUGCGUCCAGCGGUAACACUUACUGUUUUACCACCACAACAUACGCCACCUUAAAUGUACCAUUAUGGGGCGUCGCCCCCUAGGGGGACAGCAUUGUCAUUAUGAACCACAGGUCUUGAUCAAACACUGCGUCCAGCGGUAACACUCACUGUUUAACCACCACAACAUACGCCACCUUAAAUGUACCAUUAUGGGGCGUCGCCCCCUAGGGGGACAGCAUUGUCAUUAUGAACCACAGGUCUUGAUCAAACACUGCGUCCAGCGGUAACACUCACUGUUUUACUACCACAACAUACGCCACCUUAAAUGUACCAUUAUGGGGCGUCGCCCCCUAGGGGGACAGCAUUGUCUUUAUGAACCACAGGUCUUGAUCAAACACUGCGUCCAGCGGUAACACUUACUGUUUUACCACCACAACAUACGCCACCUUAAAUGUACCAUUACGGGGCGUCGCCCCCUAGGGGGACAGCAUUGUCUUUAUGAACCACAGGUCUUGAUCAAACACUGCGUCCAGCGGUAACACUUACUGUUUUACCACCACAACAUACGCCACCUUAAAUGUACCAUUACGGGGCGUCGCUCCCUAGGGGGACAGCAUUGUCUUUAUGAACCACAGGUCUUGAUCAAACACUGCGUCCAGCGGUAACACUUACUGUUUUACCACCACAACAUACGCCACCUUAAAUGUACCAUUACGGGGCGUCGCCCCCUAGGGGGACAGCAUUGUCAUUAUGAACCACAGGUCUUGAUCAAACACUGCGUCCAGCGGUAACACUUACUGUUUUACCACCACAUCAUACGCCAUGAAAAGAAAGCUACAUUUUGUGCUUUUUAUAUGUGCUUACGUGUAAUGGUUCCACAAAAUACUAAUAUUUGUCGUUUUCAACCAAAAGGGUAUUUAUUGUCGCUUGUCAGUAAGGCGCUAUUUCCAUACAGCUUCAAUUAGAAAUUAACUUUAUCGACAAGCGACAAUGUGGUACCUUUUGGUUGAAAAGUCACAUAUUACGACCAACAUGUUUACAAAAAUAAUCGAUUUGAUUUUUUAAGACAUCUAGAAAUCUUAAAAUCUAGUUUUAAUAAAAAACAUCGUGCACUGAGACGAUAUGUGUCAUAAAAUUGACGCGAACUGUUCAUUAGGUACAGUCUGGCAAAAAAGAGUAGAAAUUAA